AUGCCAGACCCGCCAACCCCUCCCGACACGCCCGCUGGGUCCCUCAAAGACGACAAAAAUUCCAAGCAGGGAAAUGUAGAUAAUACCAACAUCCAAAAUAAUGGAGGUGUAGUGACUGGAAAUAAUUCUGGAUACACCACAAUAGUUGGGACAAUCAAUAUCACCGUUGAUUCUGCCGCCAAUCUUACCGACAACAUCGAGAGGUUUACCGCUAGAGUUGCGACAGCGAGUGAAAACCUACAAUCAAUAGCAAACCGAAUUCGAGCAACUUCUCAAUUACUGAGCAGUAUCGGCGAUCUGGUUGUGAGAGAAGCAGCAAAGAAAAACAUCAUUAUCGACAAAAGUUUUCGAGGUCAAAGUCAAGGUGAUAAUGACAGCACGCUACAAGAAGGAGCGAGGGAUGGAAAUGUACCCGACAGUGAUGGAAGAGAUGGCGGUGAACUCGGCCAGUCUCAAGAAAAGAGUGAAGUGGAAAUGGCAUCAGACGUAUUGCAGAAGACCUGUUUUCACGACUUGAUCCAGGCUAGCAAAAGUACAACUGAACGCUUUGAGAGUAUCAAUGCGAAAGUUCGGGCUGCCUUUGGCAUGCUCCGGCCUAUGGGACGAGACAAGGUUGAGUUGAGCGAGGAAGAACGCAAAAGAACAUUCUUAACGGAGCAAGAUAUUCGCGACAUGGAUCGACAGAUUGAUUCUCACAUGCUGGAGUUGAACAUUGCGUUAACUACCUUCAAGGCCACGAUAGAUGCCGACCAUUCAGAAUCUAUCACGUUGAAGCUUCUGAACAUGUUCAAAGAGAUCAAAAAAAUCAGGAAUUAUUUCUUGGGCCUGGUCCCAGAGAAUCCGAGUGCCCGAGAGCCUCAACCCCAACCCCAAGUCCGAGACCCGCAAUAUAAUGUUCCUCAUCAUCAUGGCCCGGUAUAUCCGCCGCCACCAAAUCAAUGGGCCUAUUCAACUUGGCGACCGUAUACGUUCCCCGAUCUAUCUCGACUGACAUCUCUUUAUAUGGGUUGGACAAUAACCAAAGGCCGGCCACCACACGUACAUGUCGAUACAAGCUCCUCGCAGAUUUCGUGGAGAUGGGCUGGCUCCCACCGCAUGGCACUAUCCACUGAAGAUCUCUUCUUGAGAGUCCUUGCUCAAACUUCUAAGCGGUUAAAGCUGAAACGAACGAUACAGGAUGACUGUAAAAUAUUGCUGAAGUCGAGCGUGCAGAAGAUGCUGGUGGAUAAUUUGCUGCGUGAUGAAAAUUUGCAGCUAUCUCGGCAGUAUCCGCUGUUGGAAUGGAAAUUAGCGGGCUUGGCUUUGAAAACUCAAAAGACAGGGUUCUUUUCUGAAGAAAUGAAGAGCAUCGAAGUCAUCUUGAAGACGGAAUGGGCCGCGGAUCGCUCACAGGGCGGUCCUAUAAGGCCAGGUGGAGGCCCUGGUUCCCCUGGAUUCGGAUUUCCCGCACAUGGUCCUGGUACAAGGCUUGGAGGCGGAGGCGGAGGUGGUGGAGGAGGAUGGGGAGGGGGAGGUGGUGGUCCUGGAUUUCUUCCUGACAGUGGGUUUAGCGGGGCUGGUAGGAGUUCGUUCAACAACCACGACCCCGGAUAUGCCAGUGAAGCUGUCGGGCAUAGUUUCAAUGACGACAGCAUUCCUCCUGGUCAACCAUAUGGAUCUGCAGAUAUGAAGGUGCAACCGGGCACUAAUCGACCUUCGUCACCAUCUAGGCGUGUAAGGCCAGUACCUGAUACAACCUUGCGUGAGCCGCGAUUGUCUUUCGUGAGAAAAAAGGCAAAGGGGAAGCCUGUGGGUCCGAUUGACGAAGGGAACGGUCGUCGUGUAUUUCUUUGGGACGAACGGGACGGAUCGAAGGUAUACGCUGAAGUGCGGCGUCCAGGAGCCUACCAUCAAGACAACAUCAGUAAUGUGAUUCAUGAAUCGGCUGGGCCCAGUAUGUCUUACCCACCACCCCCUCCGCCAGUGUUCAUCCACAAUGAGUCAUCUUUCUAUCAUGAAAUGGCCCCUGGGCCGGAACACGAAAACGUGAAAGAUUCAUUUGGAGACAUGACAAUUGAGGAGGAAACGAGGAUCAUCAAUGAGCUAUUCGCAGAAUGGGAAGAUGGGGUCAAUGACAAAGGAAAGAGGCCUAGCCGAAUGGCAAGGCCCAUGCACAACAUGGAGCACAAAGAAGGAGCGGACCAACCUCCGAGUGAUUUUGGGUAUUCGGGCUAUAAUGUGCCCAGAAUGGGCACCACUCGGCGAUUGAUGAUGGACGUUGAGCGAGAAGCCCGGAAGAAAGAGAUAUUGACGAAAAAAUUGCGAGAAACGCAUACACUGGAGGAGCCCAGAUCGUACAGGUACUCUGAAAGAGUGCCGAAUGAGAGACGCAGAAGGACGCAUGAGACACGACCGAGUCGCGAAAUACCUGGUCUCUUUAACACACGGGAGUCAUACGGGGUUGAUAAUGGAGGAGGCAGGGAGGCUUAUACUGAGGAGCCCGAGCGGCGGGAGAUGGACAGGGCGGCUCCGCCAGAAAGAUUCGUGAGAGAAAAUGUUCUCAGAGGGCCAACUCAAUGGCUAGAGGUCUCAUCGCCCUUGGUGGAGGGGCACGCUAGAAAUCUUGAGAUAAGAACGCCGAGGAUGCGGCGAUAUACGUCUGGCUCCUCAUUCUGGUCGGAGGAUGAAGAAGACGGCUAA